GUUCAGACGAUCGAAUAUAACCUGCACGAAGUGUGUUGUUCCACAGUUUCCAAUCCAAAGCCAUGAUUAAAGCAUAAAGCGAAGAUAGCCAGUAUUUUUGCAGAAAUUCAGGCAAUAUACAGAUUUAUGUCCCAGCAAACCAUUAUUAUAUUUAGUGGUUGUUGAUGAGUAGAUCAUAAAGAUGAAUCGUUUUGGAGGAAAUUUAGGACAAGGACUUCUUGGGAAUCCUCCCGUAUCCUCAAACUUCUCACCCCAUGACCAGAACAUGUUCCUAGGGGGAGAUGGUUCAUUUGGUGGAAAUCAAGAAAGCUAUAUAGGAGAUGGAGGAGGGUAUGCCAGAGAUUUAGGUGACAGUGGAGGAAGAAUGGGAGGUGGAAAAGAUGGGGGGUAUUUUCAAGAUACAGACAUCAGAGGAAAUUCCUUUCGAGAACAGAUGAAUGGCAGUGAUAGAUAUGGAGGCAGGGAUUUAAAUCGAAAAGACCGAAGAGUAAGUGGAGACCAUGAUUACAGAAAUGAGGAGGACUUUUAUUCAGGAACGAAUACAUUGCCUGGAGGAAGACAGGAUAGAUUAUCUGGGGGAGGUAAUUUUGGUGAUGGCAGAGGCAGAGAAGUUACACAAGAUCACUUCAGCAGACUAGGGGUGGGGAAUGUGAAUCCCAGUGUAAUGAAUAAAGGACAAGGAAUCCUAGGAUCGGGACCCAUAGUGGGAGGAGAUACAGAUUUCAGAAAUCAAGGUGGAUAUGGUGGGUUGGGGAACCAUUCUAGAAGUGGGAAUGUACAAAGUGUUGGAAACCUUGGCUUCAGUCCUCAGAAACUGGGAAAUCAAAGUAUACGGCAACAGGGUGGUGGGCCAGGUCUUCAGAUGGCAGGUAUGGAGGCUAACCUACUGACUCUACAGAAACAACAACAGCAGCAGGAGGCGAUGCUGAGGGACACCCAGCUACAGAUGGUCAACAGUCUACUGCUGCAGCAGCAACAAAACAAAAGAGGAACAGGAAACCAGCUAAAUCCUGGAUUUGGGGGACCAGGUCUUUUGGGGACCCCCCAGAAUUUGUCGUCUGGACUGAUGAGAAGUCCUGGAAGUAACCAGAGAGGCACAGGCCAUAUACCCUCGCUUUUAGACAUCAAUACACAGAAACCACAGGGGAAAAGGGGAUUCUCGGGGCCAAGAGACCAGGGGGGAUUCAAGAGGCAAAGAAUGGCAGCACAGAAGCGAACACCUGAUAGAAGAUAUGACAACAAUUCAAAUCGAAGUCAGAGGAGACAUUCUCCAGACAGACAGCGUUCCUCAGAGGGUAAAGACUCUCGCUCCUCAACUCCUCGCAGGAAGGAGUCAGAUGGUGCUCGGAAUACCCCAGCCAGAGGUCCGAGUACAGCACAACCACAACACACCAACGUGGCUAAACAGAGCACGUCAGAGAUGAAGCAACACAGUACAGAAACUAUACCACAAAUUACUCCUAAGGCAAAACCAAUGCAGGCUGAUUUGACAGAAAAAUAUGACCCUGAGGAACCAACAGAAGAUGAGAUCAUGGACUUGGAGGAAGAAAGAGAGACGAUUCGAGUUUUGGACAUAGCUGAAGAACCGAACCCUUCCUGUAUCAUAGAGGAAGUGGAAAACAUAGAAGACGUCACAGUAGUGACUGUGGAGAAAGAAUCGGAGGAAAACGAUGAAAAGUCAAAAGAGAGAGUUGAUUCAACCAAGAAAGUGACCAACUUCUUUUGUCAUGUGUGCAACACUGAAUGUCGAGAUCCUGAGGGGUUUGCUAAACAUAUGAAUGGAAUGAAGCAUAAAAAUCGCAUGGAAUCUAUGAUGGGUCUUCACUUAGAGAAGUCCAACCAGCUGAUCUCGCGUAUCAAGGCAGAAGAGCACCUUCGAAAGAUUGAAUCAUCUCCAAGAGAUGAAGAUAGAAGAAAAAGCGAUGGUGAUCGCAGACGCUCUCGAGAUGGAGGGGAUAGACAGUCUGGGAAUAAUUUCCAGCGUCACUUUUCUGGGCCAUUCCGUCGAAGAGGUGCAUUUCAUCAGAGUGACAGUCGUAGCAGGAGAGAUAGACGUCGGUCUACUGAUCAGGAAAUCUUCCCAGACAUUGGGGACUUGGUGACAGUGGACACUGUGGGAUUUGAAGAUGACACGGACAGAGAUAUCACAGGCAGCAAAUCUCCUCUAAAGACCAAACCUGUAGAGAAGCCUGUCUCUGAGCAAACUAGCAAAGAUAUGGAAAUUAUACUAGUGGAUGACGCUUCUGAUGAUGAAAAGAAAGUCUCAAAGAGGAAGAAAUUAAAAACUCCUCUCGUAUCCACAGAAAGCAAAAAGAGUUUGGAAGCAGAUGUUGAGGGGAAGAAAUCCGUAAACGGUAAUUCCAGCAAGACAGAUGAACCAGCGGAAGCAAAAGAAUCGUCCAUCAGUACCCCAAGCAAGCCAUCAGACGAAGAAGAAAAUCCAAAGAACAUGACAGACACUGCUCCAGUGGAAAUGACAUCUACUCCUGGGAUCAAAGAGACUAAGGAUGCCUCUAUCGGAAAAGAGGCAGCAAAAGAAGCCUCAAGCAUAACACCACCAGAAAAUUUGGCUGACCUUCCACAGAAACCACUGAAGACACCAUCCACCCAGGCCAAGAAAGAGUCUCCUGCACCAAAAGCAAUGGACACACUCACAGAGGGUAUUCCCCCAUAUAAUCCAGAUCUUCCUAUUGGUCAGAAUUACAUUGUUGCAGUAACUGGCUUUUACUGCAAACUUUGUAGUAAAUUCUACAAUAAUGAAAAGGCAGCAAGAGAGGCCCAUUGUCAGUCCAGAUCCCACUACGAUAAAUUCAAGAGUGCCAGGACAGACUCAACUGGUCUCUCCACAAGUGCAGCAAAGGAUGGUGUCCCUGAGAGCCAGUCUACUGCUGAAGUCAUGAAGGAAGAUUCCAUAAUAGCUAAGGAGGAGCCAAAGUCCGACUCACCAGGUAAAAGAGGACGAGCUGGUUCCCAAGCCAACAGAGGUCAAAGAGGUCGUAAAGGCAGGAAGUGAUGUCACAAAUUUCAACAUGCCAUAUCUUGUCUAUAGUGUACAUGUUAUAAUUACCUUGCUUAUAGAUAUGAGAUUUAUCAGUCUUAGGAAAGUAUGUUUAUUGGAUGGUAACUUAAAAUGAUGUUCAUAGGAGUACACACACCUUUUGAAUUGCUUGUAUAGAGUAAAUGAACUUGCAAUUUUAUAAGUAUGUAUGUUAUUGUCAAAUGUGAUGUCGAGAUCAAAGAUGAUGUAAUUAAAGACUUUUUGAAUUUAUUUACUGUGUAAUGCAAUGAAAACUAAUUGUACAAAUGUACAGAUAUUUUGUAUAUGUGAGAGAAUUGAAAAUUUUAUGACAUAGCAGCAUUAAUAUUUUCUGUUUGUAUUAGGUAGAAGUUUGCAUCUGUAAAGGUGUCCUUUAAUAGUGUCAUGGAAAUAUUAUCAUGGGAAAAUUUAAUACAAAAGUAAUUGUUGCUAAAGUAUGGUACUUUGGUAGUUUCUUAUUCAUUAGAGGGAGUAAUAUGAAGGGCUUAUUUUAAUUUGGACUGUACUUAAGCUAUCAUACAUGUUCAUUAUCCCCUCACAAUUCCUUAUGAGAAGGGAUACAGUAGUGAGUAGGGGACCGUAUGUGUGUGUGGGGUGUGAGAGUGUGUGUGUGUGACACUGAGCUCAUGGAUACUUGAAUGAUUUGAUAUUUUGCAUGUAGCUUUGUUACCAAGAGAGGAAGUUUACCGAAUCAUCAAUAUUUUUCAAGAAUUGUAUAAAAUAUACAGAGAUUUUAAUUACUAUUUGAACUGCAAUGUGUAACAGGAUUUUGUGGUGAUUCCUCAUCUUUGUAAUGUAUACACAUACUAAGCUCAAGGUAACAUUGAAUGUAAAUUAUCUUCAGAAAAAAGUUCUGGUGUGGCAUGUUUGGUACUGUGUGUUAUGUUGCCAUUUCCUGUAUUGUAAUAUAAAGAAUUUCAUGGCUCAAUAGUUGAGGUUCUUUCAAUUUGAUUUUUUAAAAACUGAUUAUGUUGAAGUAGAUAAGGGCAGAGUAAUAUACAUGUAUGUAUGAAGAAAUCAUUCAUCUAAGUACUGGAAGUAUUGUAAAUAUUUUAACCGUUAGAUCAUGUUGAGAACUUGUAUGAAACAUUUUAUAAUAUUAAAUUUUCAUCCUGUCAAAGAACUUUUUUUAAUAAUUCAAUAGAGAUUUAAUAAAUGGUAACUUGGUAAAGUA